CAUCUUCUCGUCUCAUCCUCAACCAAGACCGCAUAGAACAAACUAGACUAUUACAACCUCGGUUGUUGACAUUCCACCCUGUUCUGCUCUAAUUGACCUCGGCACCUCUCCCUGGUGUUCCAUACGUUACACCAAACCACGCCCAGCAUGGCGGUGGGAGCGCGCAAACGGAUUGUUGUUGUCGGCCUGGGCAUGGUCGGCAUCAGCUUCAUAGAGAAACUCCUGAAGCUCGACGCAAGGGCCCGUGAAUACGACAUCACAGUGGUCGGCGAGGAGAAACAUGUGGCUUACAACCGUGUCGGCUUGACAACAUUCUUCGAGCACCGCAAGGUCGAGAAGCUCUACCUCAACCCGCUAGAAUGGUACGAAAGCAUUAUGGACGGAGCCCUGAACUACCACGUCAACACCACAGUCACCAAGAUCGACUCCUUCCGAAAAUCCAUUUCCUGCGCCGAUGGAAAAGAAAUAGAAUACGACAUCCUCGUCCUCGCCACCGGCUCCGAUGCCAUCCUCCCGCGUGCCAUCCCCAACCACGAUGCCACGGGUGUCUUUGUCUACCGCACGGUUGACGAUCUUGAGAAGCUCAUUGCCUUCUCCGCAAAUCAGAGCGGCGCCGUUGGCGCUGUCGUCGGCGGCGGUCUGCUGGGCCUCGAAGCAGCCAAGGCUUUGAUGGAUCUACAAUGCUACAACAAAGUCAAAGUCAUCGAGCGUGGCGGUUGGGUUCUCAGCCGCCAGCUAGAUAGCGUCGCCGGCGCCAUGGUGGCUGACCAGGUCCGUGGCCUCGGUGUCGACGUUCUGCUUAACAAGGCCGUUGCCGGGAUACAGACCGAUGAGCAGCGCAACGUAACAGGAGUCAGCUUCGAAGAUGGCGAUUCCUUUGCUUGCUCCACCAUAUGCUUUGCCAUUGGUGUCCGGCCACGGGACGAGUUGGCGCGACAGGCAGGGCUCAACUGCGCCGCCCGGGGCGGGAUCAUGGUCGACAACAACCUCAGGACCAGCGACCCCAAUAUUUACGCCAUUGGAGAGUGCGCAAGCUGGGAGGGACAGGUCUUUGGGUUGAUCGCCCCUGGUGUGGAAAUGGCGGAUAUCUUGUCCUUCAACCUCACGCAGGCAAAGCUUCACCAGCCGAGGUUAUACAAGCGGCCUGACCUCAGCACCAAGUUGAAGUUGUUGGGUGUCGAGGUGGCCAGUUUUGGGGACUACUUUGCGGACAUCGAGGGUCCCAAGUAUCUACCAGCCAAAGCGAAGAAGACCAACGGGGUGAAUGGUGCCAACGGCCAUGGUUCCAACGGCGCCAACGGCACCAAGGAGGCCGACGCCCCGUCGAGCCUCGUCAAGGCCCUGACUUACAAGGACCCCUUCCAGAACGUGUACAAAAAGUACAUCUUCACAAUGGACGGAAAGUACCUCCUCGGCGGCAUGAUGAUUGGCGACACCAAAGACUACGUCAAGCUGGUGCCCCUAGUUAAGAACCAGAAGGAGCUCGACAUCCCGCCAGCGGAGCUCAUCCUGGGGGCCAAGAGCGAAGGCGACGACGGUGACGACCUCGACGACGACACCCAGAUUUGCAGUUGCCAUAAUGUCACCAAGGGUGACGUUGUCAACGUUGUCAAGGACGGUAGCUGCAAGUCCAUCGGUGAUAUCAAGUCUUGCACCAAAGCCGGCACCGGAUGUGGAGGCUGCGUUCCUUUGGUGACCGCCAUUUUCAACAAGACCAUGAAGGACAUGGGCAAUGAGGUCAAGAACCACCUCUGUCCCCACUUCAACCACAGUCGCGCCGACCUGUACAACAUAAUCAUGGUCAAGCGCCUGAAGACCCUGCCAGAGGUCAUGAAGGAGGCGGGUACCGACCCCAACAGCCUCGGCUGCGAAGUCUGCAAGCCCUGCCUAGGCAGCAUCUUCGCCAGUCUGUGGAACAAGCAUGUCAUGGGCAAGCCGCAUCAUGGUCUGCAGGAGACCAAUGAUCAGUUUCUGGGCAACAUCCAGCGCAACGGCACAUACAGUGUCGUGCCCAGGAUGGCGGGUGGCGAGAUCACGCCAGACAAACUUCUUGCCAUCGCUCAGGUUGCUAAAGAGUACAACCUGUAUACCAAGAUCACCGGCGGUCAGCGCAUCGACAUGUUCGGCGCCAAGAAGCAAGACUUGCUCGACAUCUGGAAGAAGCUAGUCGAUGCCGGUAUGGAGAGCGGCCACGCCUAUGCCAAGGCGCUGCGGACGGUCAAGAGCUGUGUCGGGACUACCUGGUGCCGGUACGGCGUCGGGGACAGCGUGGGUAUGGCGGUGCGUUUGGAGGAACGGUACAAGAGCAUCCGCGCGCCGCAUAAGAUCAAGGGUGGUGUAAGUGGUUGCGUGCGGGAGUGUGCAGAAGCUCAGAAUAAGGACUUUGGCCUCAUCGCCACCGAAAAGGGCUUCAAUAUCUUCGUGGCCGGUAACGGCGGCGCCAAACCCAGACACUCAGAGCUUCUUGCCAAAGAUGUGCCACCAACCGAGGUCAUCCCCAUCCUCGACCGCUACCUCAUGUUCUACAUCCGCACAGCCGACAAGCUCCAGCGCACCGCCCGCUGGCUGGAAUCACUCCCCGGCGGUAUCGCCUACCUUAAGCAGGUCAUCCUCGACGACUCUCUCGGAAUCAACGCCUCCCUAGAAGCCCAAAUGCAGGAGCUCGUCGACAGCUAUUUCGACGAGUGGGCCGAGGCCAUCAGCACGCCCUCCAUCGCCGCCAAAUUCAAGCAGUUCGCCAACACCGCCGAGACGCUCGAGAACAUGGAGCUCGAGACGGACCGCCUCCAAACCCGACCCGUCAUGUGGACCAAGCAACCAGCGACCGAAGACUUCGCCUCGCUGCGCGACAGCUGGUCGGAGACAGCCUGGCAGCCCGUGCUCGAAGCCUCCUACUUCCGCGGCGCCGACGCCCUGCCCAACGGCACCAGCGCGACCAUCAAGCGCGGCGACACCCAGCUGGCCGUGUUCCGCUUCAAGGGCCGGUACUACGCCACGCAGCAGAUGUGCCCCUACAAGCGCUCCUUCAUCCUCUCCGACUCCAUCCUCGGCGAAGACCUCCCCCCGGCGGCGGACGACACCACCACCACCACACAACCACCACAACAGCCACCAUCCCCCUACAUCUCCUCCCCACAACACAAAAAGAACUACUCCCUCGCCACAGGCGCCUGCCUCAACGACGCCGACCUGUCGGUCGCGACCUUCGACGUCGAGGAGCGCGCCGACGGCAUGGUGUACAUGAAGCUGCCGUCGGUCGAGGAGCUGGACGCCGCGCUGGGGACGAGGCGGUGGAUGGUCAAGAAGGGGGAGGCCGGGCCGGGCCAGUUCGACGAGGUGGACAGGAAGAUCGGGUUCGUGGGCCAGAGGGCCAAGAAGCCCGGGGUGAAGGCCAUGGUGAACGGGGAGUUGGGGAUGCGGAAGGGGGUGGAGUUGAUGAUGGGUGGGAAUGGGGGUGGUGGUGCGGGGUGUGGGGGGGCGCCGGCGUGGUGAGUUGAGUCGAUGUGGGUAACAGUAUGCCUUUUUUGGACGGAGCUUUAUGGUAGCGGGCGUUGGGGGUAAAACUGAUGUUGUUUUCUGCUUCCUUUACUGUCACGUUUCUGCUGUAUGGUUUUUCUUUUAAGGAUGUAUCGAGUGUGUUAUAUUUUGACUUACGAAGAGAAAUAAACAU